AUGACGAAUGUUAGUCAACAGAGCCCUGUUUCUGAUUAUUUCGUGGAAGAAGAACUUCAAUGUGAAUUUUUAAAAUUCAGUACUCAGGGUUUCGACAGAAUUUCAAAUUAUAUUCCUCCAAAAAACGGAGUUGUUAAAUUUCCUGAUCUGGUUUUUGCUCUUCAAAGCCUCGACAGAAAACCAGAAAAAAUAAGAGAAAUUUUAGCUGCCUUUCGAGUUAUCGAUAAAGAAGGAGAUGGGUUCAUUCAAACCGACCUCCUUCGGCAUGUCUUGACUACUGUGGGAGAGGAGUACAACGCCGAUGAGAUCGGAACCUUCCUUAAGGUCACUGAACCAGACGUGGAUGGUAAUCUCGACUAUAUCGAGUUUGUAAAAAAGUUCCAUCCUAUUCCACGACCAACUAGUUAA